AUGAGCUCGCUAAAGCAAUUUAUUCGCAAUGUUCGUGCGGCAAAGACCAUCGCGGAUGAGCGCGCGGUGAUUCAAAAAGAGAGUGCAGCUAUUCGCGCGAGCUUUCGGGAGGAGAGUCACGACCAUGGCGUUCGCCGCAACAACGUUGCCAAAUUGCUGUAUCUCUUCACGCUCGGGGAACGAACCCAUUUUGGCCAGAUUGAGUGUCUGAAGCUACUCGCCUCUCCUCGAUUCGCGGAUAAACGUCUCGGACAUCUUGCUACGAGUUUGCUCCUAGAUGAGAACCAAGAGGUUUUAACCCUGGUUACAAACUCAUUAAAAAAUGAUCUUGGCCACUCGAAUCAAUACAUCGUCGGACUUGCCCUAUGCACUCUAGGCAAUAUCGCCUCUAUUGAAAUGUCAAGAGAUCUAUUUCCUGAGAUUGAGAACUUGAUAUCCACGUCAAACCCUUAUAUUCGGAGGAAGGCUGCUCUCUGCGCCAUGAGAAUCUGCCGCAAGGUCCCCGACCUACAAGAGCACUUCUUGGAUAAAGCCACACAUUUGUUAGCGGACAGAAACCAUGGCGUCCUUCUCUGUGGUCUGACCCUGGUCACGAGUCUGUGUGAAGCAGACGAAGAAGAAGGAGGUGAAGAUGGCAUUGUUGACAAGUUUAGGUCGUUUGUUCCGGGUCUUGUCAAGACACUGAAAGGUCUUUCAACCUCCGGCUAUGCCCCAGAACAUGAUGUUACUGGCAUCACGGACCCUUUCCUUCAAGUAAAGCUCCUUCGACUGCUCAGGAUUCUUGCCAUUGGCGAUCCAGAGACAAGCGAACAAAUCAACGAUAUUCUAGCGCAAGUCGCAACCAAUACAGACUCAUCGAAGAAUGUUGGAAAUUCUAUUCUUUAUGAGGCGGUUCGUACAAUCCUAGAUAUCGAAGCAGAUUCUGGACUGAGGGUUUUGGGAGUCAAUAUCCUCGGCAAGUUUCUUGCCAACCGUGACAACAACAUCCGUUACGUGGCUCUGAAUACCCUUAUAAAGGUUGUGGCCAUCGAGCCCAAUGCCGUUCAAAGACACCGCAACACAAUCCUGGAAUGUCUGAGGGAUCCGGAUAUUAGCAUACGAAGACGUGCUCUUGAUCUCAGCUUCACUCUAAUAAAUGAGAGCAAUGUACGAGUCCUAAUCAGAGAGCUUCUGGCCUUCUUAGAAGUUGCAGACAACGAAUUCAAGCCUACCAUGACAAGUCAAAUUGGAAUUGCGGCGGACAAGUUUGCCCCAAACAAAAGGUGGCAUUUCGAUACCAUGCUUCGGGUGCUGUCAUUAGCGGGAAACUAUGUUAAAGAACAAAUUCUCUCGUCGUUUGUUCGGCUUAUAGCAACCACCCCGGAGCUUCAAACGUAUGCGGUACAGAAGUUAUAUGUCAACCUUAAGAAGGAUAUCACCCAGGAAAGCCUGACCCAAGCGGGCGCUUGGUGCGUUGGCGAAUUUGCCGAUGCUCUGCUCAAGGGGGGGCAGUAUGAAGAGGAAGAACUUGUUCAGGAGGUCAAAGAACACGAAGUAGUCGACUUGUUUGCGCUGAUAUUAAACAGCAGCUAUGCGACACAAGUCUCUACCGAAUACAUUAUUACCGCCUUGAUGAAGCUCACCACUCGCUUUUCAGAGGCUUUGCAAGUUGAGAGAAUCAGGCGGCUUCUACAAAGUCACCAAACGAGCCUCGAUGUCGAAGUACAGCAACGAGCAGUUGAGUAUGGCAAUUUAUUCUCAUUUGACCAGAUUCGUCGUGGUGUCCUGGAGAAAAUGCCUCCGCCACAAAUCAAAGAGUCAUCUAGAGUUCUUGGCCCAGCGCCUACCAAGAAAGCAAAGGCUACGAAUAGAAAAUCCAGGGUGCUAAAGCCAACAGAGCAGGACCUGCUCGACCUUAUGGAUGCUCCUGCACCGACUACCUCGGGGCCAGCUCAGACUACCAACUCGGAUCUUCUGGCAGACAUUCUGGGAGGCAGCGCUUCAACACCGCCCCCGACGUCUACAUCGCCACAUGCUCCCCAGCCAGCAAAUGUGCCCUCAAUUAUGGAUUUAUUCGGGACCGGACCAAACCAGUCAACCACUUCGUCGGCACAAACUCCUGUAGGCCUGGACUUGAUGGGCAAUAGCUCCCCUCAGACACAGGCAUCUCAGGUUGAACUGGGACAUCCCUGUUACAGCGCCAACGACCUGAGUGUAACCAUUCAAGUCCAAAGGAACGCAGAGGGUCUCAUUCAAGCUGUGGCGCGUUUCCAGAACCUCUCCGCAUCAACAUCACUCUCUCACGUCGGGUUGCAAGCUGCCGUUCCCAAAUCUCAGAAACUCCAACUUCUCAACAUUUCGUCCUCGGAAUUAUAUCCUGGCGCGGAUGCCACCCAGAUGAUGAGAAUAUCUGGGUGUAAAGGGCCCCUACGCCUUCGCCUCAGAAUUGGCUACGAUCAUCCCUCUGUCGGAAAAGUCUUGGAUCAAGUGAAUUGGACUGAGCCUUCGGCAGGUGGCUUCACUAUUACUUGCGCCCCGUCAUCAGCAGCCUCGUGCGAUGGUCUGGUUGCGCCCUAUCUCGAGCUCGCCGUUCAGCAGUCUCCGGAGAAUGCGGUCGCGGCAUGGCUAUGGCAGCCAGCGGAGAAAAUCAUCGGGUCGCAUUUGCAUGUCCGCAUCGGGGGCAGUUUUGUUUUGCCUCCCCCCUCUCAUCCUCAGUUGGAGAACAUCGAGAGGAUUGUUUUCGUGGCGGGUGGCGUAGGCAUCAACCCCCUUAUGAGCAUGUUAAGCUACAUUGCUGAGACGGAUGGCUUUUCCAAGCUUGACGUAUCCGUCUUCUAUACGAGCAAGUUGCCGGACCGGGGAGGCUUGGAGAGCAUCCUAUUUGUGCAGCGUAUAGCGGCGUUAUUUGCAGAUGGCAGGGUCAAGGGAACGUUCAAGAUGUACUUGACGGGCAGCCCCGAAAGCCUUCAACGCUUCAAAAGGUGCCGCAAAGCUCACUGUGUCAUGGACAACAACGUUGAAGUUCAAGAGGGCAGAUUAUCGGCUGCUGAGCUGUGCCCAGAUCCGAGGAAUGGGGACCAGUCUUCGAGCCUGUUUUACAUUUGCGGGCCUCCAACCAUGACAGAUUCCCUGUUUACGUCUCUGACUUCUGGUGAUUCAGGAUUGAACAUAUCGCCAGCACAAAUCAUGAUAGAGAGGUGGUGGUAA